UAUUUCAUAAAAUUUUUGUAGUUUGAAAAAGAAAAAAUAAGAAAAAUAUAGGUUUUACGAUAUCAUUUGUAGCCGUACGGUGUCAGUUAACGAACGAAAAACGCAACGACAAGAAGAAUAAAGUUAAAAAGACUUUAUUUUGGAGAAAAUUUUUACAAAAAAAUAUCUGAAAAAAACUAAUUAGCUAAAAAUAAACGAAAAUGGUGUCUGUAGAAACAAUUGGCUCUAUAUUUAUCAAGGCCUUGAAAUUGGUCCUUAAUUUAAUCAUUUUAAUCUUAUAUCGUAUCGGUGAUGGCGGUGAAUUCUUGGGUGUGGGCGGUACUUGGAAUCUAAAUGAGGAGAAAAGUGCCGAUUGUGAAAUCGUGGCCUCGGGAGUAAUGGUGGGCUUUUUCAUCUAUACCGGUUGCCAUACCAUAGCCUAUCUGUUUGGCACCACCAAACACAAGAGAGAACUUUCCGAUACCAUAAUGAACGUAGUGGGCACUUUCAUGUGGGUGGCUGUGGGCGGUACUGCUCUCCACUACUGGAAGGGUUAUAUGAAAGACAAUGAUUUCCUAUAUGUGGCCUCCGAAAGACAAGUGGGUAUUGCUAUGGGUGCUUUGUGUGUUAUAGAGGGAGCUCUGUAUCUAUUGGAUACCGUUUUGGCCUGCAUACACUACUCCAAGGGUGAUACCGAUUAUGUGCAGUAAAUGAACAAAUUCGAGAGAGAACCAUCAACAGCAGUAGUUCAGCAAACGAAUAUAUAUAUUUUUUCAUACCCAUAUAUCUUUUUUUUUAAUUUUUAAAACAUAAGUUCAAAUUAGUUUUAAAACAAAUUUUGACAAAUUUUUCAUUAAACCAACUUAAACCAUAAGAAAUUUUUAACAUAUUUUUUCAAAGAUUACAAAAAAUCAGACAAAAAUUUAGAACAAACGAAGAGAAAACUUUACUACUUCAAAAUUUGUAAGUCCUUCUUAAAUUACUGGACACUUUUUAAAAGGUAUUUUUAAUUACUUAAGUCAAUUUUAAGUUUCUUACCAAAUUAAAAUCCUACCAAAAAUUG